AUGAAAGUCCUGUGCCUCCACGGUCGAGGCACAAGUGGCGCAAUAUUCAAAUCGCAAACCUCCUCUCUUCGCUCGCGGCUCACAGACCUCAAUCUCGAAUUUGACUUCCUCGACGGUCCCUACCCCUCCAGCCCAGCCCCCGGAAUCGACCUCUUCUACCCAGGCCCAUACUACUCAUACUUCGACGAGACCCCGCAGAACACCACAUUCGAGACUAUCGAGACAACACGCGCAUGGCUAUCAGAUAUCAUAACACAACGCGGGCCGUACGAUCUCGUCCUGACCUUCUCACAGGGCGCGGCUCUUGCGGCGGGGAUGCUUCUGCUGCAUGAAAUAGAGUCGCAAUCGCAGCUACGCUUCCAAAAAGAAGCUAGCAGAAGUGGAGCCAUCAUAAAUGGCGAUGCAGAUAGAGACAAAGAUCAUACUCACAAACCACCAUUUAAAUCGGCAAUCUUUAUAUGCGGCGGGGCGCCUCUCCCCCUCCUCGAACACAUCGGAUACACUAUCCCCACCGCCACGAAAGAGCGCGACCUCGCAAGCAGAGCGGCACUGUCGUCCAUGGCUGGCUCUGCUGCGAUUCUAUCCCGGGGGUCAGCAAGGUGGACAGCGAACGGGCUCGACAUGGAAUUCCCCUCCACCACGAAAUCAUCACCCUACAGCUACAACCAUCUCAGCAACGGCUCGCUGCAGUUGACGUUCAACAGGGAAGACGACAUCCGGCGGGAGAUAUCAGGACAUGGACAUGGGGGCCUGAGAGUCAAGAUCUCUAUUCCGACGGUGCAUAUUUACGGCGAGCGUGACCCGCGCUAUAUUGCGGGCAUUCAGCUCAGCGAGGUGUGUGAGAAGGCGAGGAGGAAGGUGUAUAACCACGGCGGCGGGCAUGAGAUUCCGCGGUUUGAGGCUGUGAGUGGGGCGAUUGCGGAUUUGGUGAGGUGGGCUGUCAGGGCUGCGGGGGAGUAA